UGGAGCCAGGACAGGACGGGACAGAGCGGUGCUGUGAGGAGCCCCCGCACAGCGCACUCGUUCCUGUCUGACCCGGAGUUUUUCUGAGGUGUUGUUCCUGCAGCUGACCUCGAGGCCAGACUGUGGGACUUGCUGACCUGAGUCAUUUACCAGGAAUCUCCUGUCAUUGUGGCAGGAGCCCCCAAGACCAGAGUGCAGGACUUGCUGUCCUGCAGCUAUCCUGAGACCUCUCUGUCUCAGAAAACUUCAAGGCACAACUGAAAUUGCUGACUUGGCAAUAUCCUGAGGCAUCUCUCUAGAAGGUGCCUUCAAGGCUGGAAGGUAGAAUGGCAGGCAGAUUUUUCAGCCUGUUCAAAUGCUUCCGGGGGAAAACUAAGAAAGGCCCUGGAGCUGCUUCAGGAGAGCAGCCUGAAGAGCCAGAGCAGAUCCAGACACUGCAGGAUGAUGCAGCCGUGGAGCGCACACAAGAGCAGCAAUCCAGCCGUGGCCGCUUCCGCAGAACAGCACAGAUGUUCCAAAAAUUCCCGCGCAUUCGCCGUAGAGAGACCAACACCACUGCAGCUGAGGGCCCAGCUGAGCCUGACUCGGGGCUGACCCAGCUCCAGGCAGAGCCUGAUGUCAGCCCAGAUUCGGCUGGGCUCUCACAAGACUUGGACACCUCAGGGACUGAAACGUGGGCACAGGAUCUUCCCACAUCAGUGACUGAGGAUGCAGUCAUAACAAACACUGACAAUGAAGAGACUGAGGCCUUGAAAAAUACUGGUGCCAUGCCCACUCCCCUUGUGGUUUGUGCUUCCACUGUGGAUUUUUUCCUGGAUAGUGCUGUUCCUUAUCAGCAGCAGGUGCCAGCCAUGGUGAAGAAAAUCCACCAGAGUUUCAUGUCCCACGUCACUUUGGAUGCCAGGCUGCAAAGUGACAUUGUGAGGCUGGCUGAGGAACACCCUGCUGACGUGGCGCUGACCCUCCUGCACUGUGCCCCAACGUGUGACAGACCUGCUGCAAUGAUGUGGAGAGCCAUAGGCUCAUCAGGACCCACAAUGGAGAAGGUGCUAACAACAGUGCUCUUUGUGAUGGAGGAUUGGCCUGUGCACAGCACAUGCACCUCCGAUGGGGACAACAAGGACGUUUUUGCCCUGGCUGCAACUCUGGUGAUCUGGGUCAUUGUGCCUAAAUGCCACGAGGCCAUAAUCCUUUAUUCCUCCCGCCUGUUUGUGGCUCUGCUCUUCCAUGUUGUCAUCAUGACCCAGCAGAUGCCACCAGAGGAAGUUGAAAACUUCUGGAGAGCGUUUGCAGUGCAGGCCAUGAAGGCUCUGCUCUGCUGA